AUGGCUGUACUGAUUGCUGCUGCUGCUUCUGCUGUCGGCGAGAACUUUUUCGCAAACUCUUCGUGUAUAAAUAGUGUGAAAUUCUUGGUUAUUGCUUUCGCUGUGAUCGCAGCUGCUGCGGCCACAUCCAUCUCCACCGAGUAUCUGCCGCCCGUCGACAAUAACAUCGAACUUGCCGAAUCUGUGGACGCACCCGUUGAACAGGGUGUGCUCGCCGAUGAUGGCUAUCGCUACAAGACUGUGCGUCGCCUCCGUCUGCGCCAUCGUCGUGAUGUCAACGAGCUGUCCAACGAAUAUCUGCCCCCAGUUGGUGAGGCUACCCAGGAAGUCGCCAUUGAGGCUCCAGCUCAGGAGAGCGCCGUCCUUGCUGAUGAUGGUUACCGUUACAAGACCGUUCGCCGUGUGAUCCGUCGUCGUCGUCGUGACGUCAACGAGCUCUCGUCCGAGUACCUGCCCCCUGUUGGUGAGGCCACCCAGGAGAUCGCUGUCGAGACUCCCCUGGCUGAUGAUGGCUAUCGUUACAAAACUGUGCGUCGUGUCAUCCGUCGCCGUCGUGAUGUCAGCGAGCUGUCACCCGAAUAUCUGCCCCCUGUUGCUGAGGUCAGCCAGGAUAUCGCUAUUGAGGCUCCCGUCCAGGAAAGCGCUGCUCUCGCCGAUGAUGGUUAUCGUUACAAGACCGUCCGUCGUGUCAUCCGUCGCCGUCGUGAUGUCAACGAGCUGUCCAACGAAUAUCUGCCCCCAGUUGGUGAGGCCACCCAGGAAAUCGCCAUUGAGGCACCUGCCCAGGAGAGCGCCGUCCUUGCUGAUGAUGGCUACCGUUACAAGACUGUCCGUCGUGUGAUCCGUCGUCGUCGCCGUGAUGUCAACGAGUUGUCCAACGAAUAUCUGCCCCCAGUUGGUGAGGCUACCCAGGAAAUCGCCAUUGAGGCACCUGCCCAGGAGAGCGCCGUCCUUGCUGAUGAUGGCUACCGUUACAAGACUGUCCGUCGUGUGAUCCGUCGUCGUCGCCGUGAUGUCAACGAGUUGUCCAACGAAUAUCUGCCCCCAGUUGGUGAGGCCACCCAGGAAAUCGCCAUUGAGGCACCUGCCCAGGAGAGCGCCGUCCUUGCUGAUGAUGGUUACCGUUACAAGACCGUCCGCCGUGUGAUCCGUCGUCGUCGUCGUGACGUCAACGAGCUCUCGUCCGAAUACCUGCCCCCAGUUGAGCAGGCCGUGAUCGAUGUGCCCGCUGAGCAGACAGUCGUUGCCGAUGAUGGCUACCGUUACAAGACUGUGCGUCGCCUGAAGUACCGUCGCCACUAAAAAGUUCCAACCAGCCCGAGGAUCUGAGCCGAUCUAAAGGUACCCACACAUAAGCGUAUUAGUCAAUGAG